CGCACCAAGAGUGGGCCGCGGGAGGCCAUUUGCCUGUAACAUUUCGUACCUUGAACACAGACCAGACCAGACUGGGGCAUGCUUGUUGUGGUUUCCUCGACAUCCAAUUUCAACAACACCGCAGGUCCACAGCCAUUUCCCUCCACCGCCCCGUCACGCCCCGACACGGUCCCCGACACGGUCGUCUAGAGUGUCGCGUCCCCGGAACGGAAUGAGGCAGCCUCUCGAAUGCCCUCAGUUCCUUGACCGGACUGAGUCUUGAUGUUGUUGCUGUUGCUGUCGGGGGAGAGCCACUGCAACUCCAAUCACGCCUCGGCGUCCACUCCGCUUCCCUCUGGCCGCCCCGUUGUCUAGGGCGCAUCAAUCUGCCAAUCUCAGUCUUUGGUUGUCGGCGCCCGUCUUGGCCAUCUCGACAACCUCCGGGAGCUUCUGAGCGUCUAGUUCCCUAUGAACAGGGAGCACAAGAUUCCUGCUGGCCCUCGACUGGCAAUCCCGUCCACGUCCACCACCAGGAACAGAAUAACGGCUAGCCCUACGAAGAACGGUAUCGCUCGGCGGCCGUCCCUCGAUGCUCCAAUGCUCAGUGCUUCGUCCUCGAAUAAUCACACUCUUUUCUCCUUUGGCGCGCGAGGUGGCGCCUCGGACGACGUGGGAGACACCAGUUCCUCUUUCGACUUCCUUCCCUCUGUCAGCUUCGACGACCUGCAAAGCAGCUUGGAAUCGGCAUCGUCCGAUUUCAAGCUGACCCAAUUUCCGUCGCCGACCGGUCAGGGCAGCAUCCUCAGCGAAGGGGACCUGGUCGACAACAUGGUCGAGCGACCUAACGUCACCCGUAACGGCGGGACUACCCGCGUCGCAAUCCAGCAACCGGCGACACGGCCGUCGAGGACAGGCUCCAUCCUCCGGAGACCGAGCAUCUCCAAUAGGCAGAUCACCACAUCCUCGACAGUACCUUCAGGACCCGCGAUCUUGAAUGCUCCAAAUGCGCCUGCCGCAACGCGCCCACGUCGUCAGAGCCAUUACCCUCCAGUCUCCAACAGCAACAUAGCGAAGCCACCUAGGAAGUCGGUGGGACCCGGUGUGUUCGAAUACGACCAUGAUAACCGGCCGGCGCAGCGGCGGCGGCCGAGCGUGGCAUCAUUGUCCGACAGACCGGGGGCUGCCGACUCGACUCGGUCAUCCAUCGAUGGGGGAUCCCGUAUAGGAGCCGAGUCGACGCGCAAUCUGACGGGUUCGCGGGCCUCCAAGGCGAGAUCUGUUCAGCCACCUCCACCGCGAUUAAUUCAAUCUACUCCCACGGCGGACAACAGCAGUCACGCCCUUGACCAAAGCAGGACAUCAGUACCGUUCCCUCGGUCGCCGCAGCCGAGCAUUCGCUCGAACCAACCAGCCUCGGGCGGGAAACGCGUCUCCGUCAUGCCCGGUGUUCCUCAUGCAUCUCAUGCCACUGGGCUUGGUGCGAGAACCAUCAGUCCCACCGACACGAGGAGAAUGAAGCGCCUUUCCAUGCACCAUUCCCACAGCCACCCUCGAGUGGCAGAUAUGCCGCCCCCGCCCCCGGCUUCCGAUGUGCGCUCCUCCUCGAGAUCUCCUUCCAUGCUUCCUAGGAAGGCUUCUACUCCGUCCUCCUCACGGACGACUCCCGACUUGAACAGGAAGUCCUACAGCUCAGGUCUCUCCAUUGGCUCAACUAAUAGCUUCAACACCGUUCGAACAUCAACUGGCUCCUUGCAACCGCGUCUGCCGCUGGGGAGCAGUUCCCGGUUGCCAGCGCCAAAGUCGCUUAAUUUACACAACCCUGGGGCUGCCGAUGACGAGGAAGAUGUGCCGCCAGUCCCGGCGAUUCCCAAAGUCUAUGAAUCCCCCAAGGAGUCGCCCGCCGAAUUGUCGUUCAUGGACAAGAGGAGGUCAAACCUGGCAUUUGAUGCAAGUAGCAUCCACAGCAACUCUACGGGGAGCAUAUCCGGGCACACAUCUACCGAAACCUCGUUCAAAUCUCAGCGUAAGCCGAGCAACCGGAAGUCGGUCAAUACCGCAAAACUGGAUCUGGAGAAGAAGGCUUCAGGGCCCCAGUCCAGGAAGAACCUGCAGCCGUUGCGACUACCUCCCAUCACUCUGGGACCCCUGAGUACACCAACGGCCGCGAGGAUAGCCGCGCUCCAGGAUCAGGGGCUCUCGGAGCGACAUCUCAGCCCGCCUCCUACAAGGCAGGCAGCGAAGACACCUACGACCCCAAUGACAGCUUCCAAGAGCAGCUUCUUCUCGAGACACAAGGUCGGUGAGAGGGCUGAAUUGCCCAAUCCCCGGAGCAGCAGCUCAAUUCACCAUGUUCGGCACGCCACCCCUCCAGCAGCUGAUACCACAAGUUCCUCGGAAUCAAUCACGGUACCCGGGGCAAAUAAUGCACCCCAGCGGUCGGGCAUGUCCCCCUUCUUGUCAUCUUCACUGCCCAAGGGUGGGAUGGAGUCGGCAUUCAUGAAGAGGUCAAAGACUGGAGGCGAUCUCACCCUUCCGCUUGAUACCACAAUAGACUUCCCUGUGCACAAACCCUCUGGUCCACGAGCACCGAUGCCGAGGACAAAGUCACCUCCACCUCUCUCCAGCCCAGAGGAACCACCAACUCCUUCAUCCAUGAGCUCCCUCAGGCGCAAACUGAGCCUGUCGUGGAAACGGAGCGCCUCCAAGAACAGCAUCAUCCAGCCCAACGGAGAGAAGUUGGAGAGCAACAGUGCCAGGCAGGAUUCAAUGCCACCUCCGCGACUCCCCGCGUCGGCUACAACCAGCAAUUUCGGCUCGAAACCUUCGAGUCCCACUCCUUCGACCAGAUCAAGCGCCACGGGUACGUAUCUGGAGUCGAGACGACGCAAGAGCUCGACUUCCAGCCUCAACGCGGUCAUUGCACAGCAGGAACGACACAGAGGUGACAGCCUGACAGGCGCGAAGAAGGAGACCGGCCUGGACACUGUUAUGGAGCGCUCCAAUCUCUCCCACAACGCGUCGGUGGUGCAGAAGAUACUGAAGCCGAAAGCGUCGACAAGCACGAUGCGACAUAUCGAUGUGUGGACUGCCGAUCUCGACAAGGAUGACUUGCUAGCUGAGGAGGAAAUGAAAAAGCUCGGGUCGCGCCGGAAGGAGACGGAGCAGGCUGCGAGGACACUGGAUGCGCUCCGGAAACGCGCCACGCCCAAGGAGCGCGUGAGCGCGCCAGACGCCAUCCGGAUAGCCAUGCUCAACAUCUAUGAGCGGGGCGAGAUAGUGGAUUAUAAGGACAUCUACUUCUGCGGCACCCAGAACGCGGCCAAGGUUGUCGGCGACCUGAAGGCCACCACGCCCAACUUCGGCUACGACGAUGACCGAGGAGACUACAGCAUCGUGCCGGGAGACCAUCUCGCCUACCGGUACGAGAUCAUCGAUGUGCUCGGGAAGGGGAGCUUCGGUCAGGUGGUCCGGUGCAUUGACCACAAGACCGGCGUGCUCGUCGCUGUCAAGAUCAUCAGGAACAAGAAGAGAUUCCAUCAGCAGGCUCUCGUAGAAGUCAACAUUCUUCAGAAGCUUCGCGAGUGGGAUCCCAAAAACAAGCACAGCAUGAUCAAUUUCACCCACAGCUUCUACUUCCGAGGCCAUCUCUGUAUCUCCACCGAGCUCCUCGACAUGAAUUUGUACGAGUUCAUCAAAUCCAACGGCUUCCGCGGCUUCACACCGAAGCUCAUCCGCCGCUUCACCAAGCAGCUCCUCAGCUCCCUGAUCCUGCUGAAGCAGCACAGAGUGAUCCACUGCGACCUGAAGCCGGAGAAUAUCCUCUUGCGACACCCGCUCCACUCGGAAAUCAAGGUUAUCGAUUUCGGCUCCAGCUGUUUUGAAAACGAGAAGGUCUAUACUUACAUCCAAUCGCGCUUCUACCGCUCCCCGGAAGUCAUCCUCGGCAUGACCUACGGCAUGCCGAUCGACAUGUGGUCGCUUGGCUGCAUCCUCGCGGAGCUGUUCACCGGAGUGCCCAUCUUCCCCGGCGAAAACGAGCAGGAGCAGCUCGCGUGCAUAAUGGAGAUUUUCGGGCCGCCGGAGAAACACCUCAUCGAGAAAUCCACCCGGAAGAAGCUCUUCUUUGACAGCGUGGGCAAGCCGAGGCUGACUGUUUCAUCCAAGGGACGUCGCCGCCGGCCGUCCUCGAAGACUCUGCAGCAGGUUCUCAGGUGCGACGACGAGCCAUUCCUCGACUUCAUAACUCGCUGUCUGCGCUGGGACCCCGACAGGCGAAUGAAGCCCGACGAGGCGAUCCGUCACGAGUUCAUCACCGGCCAGAAGACGUCGGUCCCCGUGCCUCGCUCUUCCGUGGCGCGGGAGACGUCCCCCGUCAAGCGCAACAACACCAUCUCGACGCCCCGACCUCUCCCAGAGCCACCGGGAGGCUUCAAGGGCGCCGCAUCUCUCCGAACCAGGCACGCGUCUAGCAUUACCAGCGUCAGUCCCCUCAAGCCUGGCGGAGUCUCGUCCCGUCGGACGUCGGGAGUGAGCACCCACUCGAUGAGCACGGCCGGCGCCGCCGCCAAGCGCACAAGCACCGGUACUGGCGUGGGUUUCCUCCCGACCAAUAGCGCGAGCAACCUCCCACGGGCUGCGGGCCGCAGUGUUAGCGCCAGACAAGACGCCGCCGCCGCCGGGGCAACAGCUGCCAUGGGACGGCGCGCCUAGGAGCAGCG